AUGCAGCUCUCUACGAACCUUCUCCUCGCCCUCAGCGCAUGCUCCUCUUUGGCAGCAGCACAAAUCGCUGCGGGAGGAGGAGCAGUGAUAUCCUCGCCGGCCGCGACACAGAUGGCGACGACCUCAAAAUGUCGAUCCCUAGCCACGAUUGAUGGCAAGACGACGGCGAUAGAGAUGACUUUUACCCAGACUUUCGCGAAGACGGCGCUCGGUACCUGGGCGCUGCCUCCGACGCCGGGCGUGGGUACGAUUGGGUUGGGGGAUAUUCAGGGGCAGAUUGGGAUUAUGAAGACGAAGAGGGGUUUGGAUGCGGUGCAGACUCCGGGACCUAUGAUUUGA